ACCAUUGAGGACGAUAAGGCGUGCGUUUGCUGCCCUUUGCGUGUCAUCUUUCCCCAACUCUCCGCUCGUCACAACGUAACAAGAACAACUCAGCUAGAGUCUCAGCCAGAAUGUCGUUCGGAGUGCCCUUUGCCACCCUGCUUGGAUUCUGUCCAUUAUAACAGCCCCAUCAGUCUCGUUUGCGGACCGUUGUGCGUUGCCGAAUUAGCCAUUAUUGCCUCAGUCGGCCGCCCGGAAGUCCUCCGGUCUGCAGAUCUUGACCUCACCAUGCCCUGGGCCACAUGUCCUUGUUACCUAUGA